AUGCACCAUAUUGAAGUUGAUGUUCUUGACGACUACAUUUCCACCUUCAUAUUAUCACUUCAAAAAUCCAAUAGCACCGAGUAUGAGCCCACUAGUAUUCGAGGCAUCCUUGGCAGUCUUGACAGAAAACUGAAGAGGCAUCGUUUUCCAUACUCGAUAAUGGCUGGCAGUGGGCCCCAAUUUUCUCUGACUAGACAGACCUAUAAUGCCAAGAAAAAAAGCUUAAAGAAACAGGGUAAAGGGAACAGGCCAUGUGAAGCAGCACCACUAACAGAUGGAGAGCUUGAAGUCAUGUGGCAGAAAGGUGUCCUUGGAUCUCACAGCCCAACAGCGCUGGUGAACACUCUUUGGCUCAACAACUGUCUGCACUUUGGCCUAAGAGGCACUAAAGAGCAGUACAAUCUGAGACGGGGUGACAUUACAUUGAAAGCUGCUGUUGAUGGAACAGAAUAUUUGGACUAUAACGAACGGCAGACAAAAACCAGAACGGGUGAAAAUGUGGCAGAUGUGCGAAGAGUGACACCUAAGAUGUUUUCAACUGGAAAAAAUGAUUUGAGAAACCCUGUUGAAAUUUAUAAACUGUAUUCGCAGAAGCGGCCCACUGGUUUUUCGGGACCCGAAGACCCUUUCUUUUUGGCACCGAACACAGUUUUUGGAAAAGAUGCUUCCGGGACUAGUGGUGAGGGAGAGGUUACUUGGUUUAUCAGACAAAGGGUUGGGAUGAACAAAAUGGGAAAAAUGUUGAAAACAAUGGCAAAUGAUGCUGGAUUACAAGGGAACAAACGAUUAACAAACCACUCUACCCGGAAACAUCUUGUUCAAAAACUGAGGGAGCACAAUGUCCCACCAACGGAUAUUAUGGCAAUAACUGGGCAUAAAAAUGUGCAGUCGAUUAUUAAUUAUUCUUGUGUCAGUGAAGAGCAACAAAAAAAUGCUCAAACAUACUUGCCUGUCACACUCCACGUGCAAAUAACAUCAGCAGCUCUACCGCCUCUACAUCUCGUAUAG